CCAUGGUGGCCGUGGCCGACACGGUGAAGCCGGAGGCGCACCUGGCCGUGUACACGCUGAAGCGGAUGGGCCUGGACGUCGUGCUGCUGACUGGCGACAACCAGAAGACGGCGGCGGCCAUCGCGCGCCAGGCCGGCAUCUCGCGCGUCUUCGCCGAGGUCCUGCCGUCGCAUAAGGUGAAAAAGAUCCAGCAGCUGCAGUCGCUGGGCCAGCGGGUGGCCAUGGUGGGCGAUGGCAUCAACGACUCGCCGGCGCUGACGCAGGCCGACGUCGGCAUCGCCAUCUCGUCCGGCACGGACGUGGCCGUCGAGGCGGCCAGCAUCGUGCUCAUGCGGAACGAUCUGCUCGACGUUAUUGCCUGUCUCGAUCUCUCGCGCGAAGAACAGUGA